AGGAGAGGCAACGAUUCAUCUAACGAUAUGGAACUGUUUCGCCUUGUACCACCAUCCUCUUAUUCCCAUCAACCAGACUCGUUUCGACUGGAUUUUAUUCGACUUUUCUCAGACGAUGUUCUCACAUUAUCGCCCUUUCUCGUUCGUCUUUAUUUAUCGUUCGUUUUUUUCAUCACGAUAGUUUGUCAGGGCAUUUGGAUGGCGUGGGUAUAUAUAUUACCGAUUCGAUCAUCGGGGUGGGAUGAAAUCGAACCGUAUGGUUCUUAUAAAAAAUCCAGAAGGGCGAGGCGUGCGAGACGGCGAGCACGUACCGAUGGAAAGUUUGCAUUUGCUCGGGGGGGUAAUCGUUCGAUCGGUAUAACCAGAGUGACUGGGAUAACAGCGCACGACAGAGUCGUGAAGCGGUGCCGAAGGCUGUAUAGUUUUUUGCUAUGGGGGAUUUACAGAUUGCACACCUGUGCGUAGCUUGGCCGAGGAAAGACCUCACCUGUCGAGCAACCGGUCUCCAUUGACUUUUUCUUCGUUUACGUACACUCGCGUUGCUCGUUGCUCUCCCGCCCGACUCGCCGCUAUCUGCUCUUCAUCCUUUUAACCCUCUACCUCUAUCGACGUCCAUUCUCUGUUCUAGUUCUUUCUUACCCCCGUUUGCUUUCGAAUCGAUCUAAAAUCGAUAUACAUAAACCCAAGGACUUAUUUUCGCUUUCCAACCAGGGGGGAGGUGUCGUUUGUGUAGUCACUCGUCGAAAAGUAGUUUUCGUUCGAGUCACGAAUCGACGCGUGUUGUUUUUACGAAACGUAAAAUUACAAAUGUACAAGAAGUUGUUACGUAUCGACUCGAAUACGUAACAUCUGUUCGGCAAACGAUCUCGGCCGAUCGGAUUUCACUCGGCGAAUCGAAGGUAUAUCGAGGUAUGGCAAAUAUGUAUUCCCGACGCGUAUAAUAUCGCAGGACUUAUUGGCGGAACGAUUAGCAGUUGACGGAGUUUCGGGUGGCAAUUCGAUGGUAACAUAGAAAAAUCGGGGGAAUAACAACGAGGGACUUGUUGCAAACGAGCGAUAAACGAUGCCCGACAGAUGGUAAUCUACGAUCAACGAUCGACGGCUGACGGGUCCGCUAGUCGAUGGUUGAUGAUCAGUGAUGAUACUCUGAGAAAUCCGUUGGGCGGUCUUUAACGAUCGAGACUGAACGACUUUAGAGGCAAAUUAUCAGGCCGCAGGCAAUUACCAGGUGGGGGGUUCGAUAUAGAGUGGAGCGGUUUGAGAGUUCCGAGAAUCGGUCGUGGCUAAAAAUAAGAUCCCACCCGGGAGCAGUGAUUAUGUUCCGAAAAAAGAGAACUGGGCGAAACGCUCUCCUCGGCGUGUGCAGGUGCCGCCGAUGAGACGAAGAAGAAAAAAAAAAAAAGAAAGAAAAAAGGACGAACGAGAAACCGUCGUGCGUUCGAGAAUCUCGCAUUGCCCCGCAUCGCCGCGAGAGUAAGUAAGAGGGGCCCCAUGGUCUCGCGCGCAUUGCUAUGCAGUACCGUGCCAUUCCGUGCUGUGCCGCGUUCCGCCGCGGCCCGCCGCCCUCGUCUCUCUCUUGUUCCAUUUCGUUCCGUUCCGUCCGUUCCGUUCCGUUUCGUUCCAUUCUGUUCCAUUCCGUUCCGCGGCUUUGCCGUGCUUCGGCUCGGCUUAAUGAAGUUGUCGGUUCAGGACGUUUACAGGUGGGGUCUACCUGCGUGUGGUCCAUUCACAGGGACUGCCGCAGGACUGGUUAGGAGCGGUUAACAUCUUUACUUUUACCCUCCUUGGAUCCGCUUUCGAGAUGCUGUGCGUUCGAGCGAGACCGAUCCUCGUUGUCGUCACCGUUGUCGCGCAGUUGUUUGUUACCGUCGUUGCAGAGUGGCAGGAGGGCGAUUCGCUAUUACGGUGAUAGACUUACGAGGAAGGGGAUUAUUCGGGAGAGUAGGGACACUGAAACGUACAAACUAUGCAUCGACAACAGAGACUCCCGUCGCCAUCGUUACCCUCGUCGUCGUUAUCGCUGCCACUUUCAACGUCCCGGUCGUCGGUCCCGAGCGUGUCGCUGUCGACGACGACGUCGUCACCGGUGACGGUAGCCGCGUCAACGUCAGCGUCAUCCCCGACGCCGCCGUCGCAGCCGUCUACCUUCUUGCCGUCUACGGCGACGUGGCCUACGUCGAACCAGCCGUCGUACUCUUGGAGCGUGCAGCAGACGUCCUGCUCGAGGUUAUCCUCGUUACCGAGCGAAUCCUCGAUCGGUUCGACCGUGUCGAUACCCUGCCCGAGAUUGGUCUCCGUGUUGGCUUGGUCGGUGACUUUGUUACUCGUCUCCUCUUGCAUCGGUCUGACGGAUGCUGGGAUCUUGAACGGGCAUCCUUUGGGUAAAAGGUCGUUUAUCGAUAUCCAAUGUAAGGGUAUAUACGACAAGAGUAUCUUCGCUCGGCUGGAUCGUAUCUGCGAGGAUUGUUACAACCUAUUCCGGGAACCUCAGUUGCAUCAACUGUGCAGGAAAAACUGUUUCACGUCAGACUACUUCAAAGGAUGCUUAGACGUGCUAUUGCUGCAAGAUGAAGUAGAGAAGAUCCAAACGUGGAUCAAGCAACUUCACGGAGCGGAACCCGGGGUUUAGGCAAGGCUGCUUUGGUACGGAAUACUUUACCAGCUGCAUUCAAGCGUUGCUGCUUGAGGAUGAGAAGGAAAAAUUUGAAGAGAUGGUCGAGUACCUAGGCGGCAAGAAGUAAGAUAAAACGAGAGAGAGACGCGCCUUUCAUUGGGAACGUUUUCCAUUCGCAACAUCUACGAUCACGACGAUUCCAACGACAACAUCGACGAGGAACAACGAACGAGACCAGAAACGAGAUACCAGAUACCAGAUACGAGAUACCAGAUACGACAAGCUAUCGACUUCCAACAUUAACCAUCCUCGUAACUGUACGGAGAAUCUUGGAUACAACAGCAUUCGUUAAAUAUUUCGUUCACGCUUCCUUCUUUUUGUCACGUUCGAUCCAUCGAACACGCACCUAAACUGGGGAUUCUGAGUGGGGCCGCAUAAUCAUUCGUACGUACCUUCUUUGUUUUAUUCGGAAACGCAACGAUACAUUAGGUGAACGCGAAUGCGAUAUAUAUUCGAAUAGACCGGAAGAGAGAUCGAUGGAUCGAUUUUUAAUUUGACGCUUUUGAGGUUAGAGUUGAAAGUUUAACAGCGGUCGAUACAGUUGUACUCUCUUGUUUACGAUCAUUUUCCUCGUCUCGGUUGCCGUGAAAAGAAAAAAAAAAAAGUUGCGUGUCUCCGAAGCACCGAUACGAAACGGUAUUAACGAAUUCUGCACGCCUCCACCCCGGCCCUCGAUAAAACCCAUCUACGAAUCUAGUCGACAGAAUAUUUGCGCUCGCGUAUUGCGCCUUUUGUCUUUUUAUCCGAUUUAUCCGAUAAUUAAUUAUUUUUACGUCGAGUAUCGUCGCUCGUUAUUGCGCCGAUUAUUAUUUUUUAUUUCUUUUUAUAUACCGCUAUAUACCUAAUUCCUAUAGAAAGAAAAACAACGAUCAUACUUUACCCGUUACUUAUACACGACGCAUCUAUUUAUCCUUUUUCCCCUUUGCCGAAAUUUUCAUUGGAAAAACACUUGCGGAAACGAACGAUCCUGGACGAGACUUACGUUUCGUACGCGCGACAGUCAGAUCUACGGUUAUGCAACGCGACGCGAAUAUCAUUCCGAUGUAGAGUGUUACCGAUCGGAGAAUCGUUAACUCGAUUGGCAAGAAAAGGGCAUUGAAAAAUCGCGAUUAUCACGCACGGGCUACUUUUUUAGCAUCAUUUAUAUUUCUCUAAUUGCCACCAUCAUUAAUAUCGUGCUACUAUAUAGCACACUCUACUAUUCCUACUUCUAACCCUUACCGCUAUCUCUCGAACAUCGAUAUUAUCGAUACUGUCGAUGGGCUCUCUACUUACUUCGUUCUCUUCGUAUCUUCAUCAUGGCGUCGAAAAUUUCAACUUCAAAAUUCGAACACUUUGAUCAGAAUCACAAUAAUUAUUCGCUUAUUAUAAAUUAUCUAAUUCUUUCUAUCGUUUCAUAUGCACUUUCUUCCACUAACCCCUCGCACCAUUACUAUCGUUAACUAUUAUAUCAUAUUAUUUUAUAUUACGUUAUAUAAUAUUGUAUUGUUAGUUUAUAGUAUACUUAUUGUUGUUACAAUUUGUCACGAUAUCGCUACGACGAACUCCGUGUUCAUUUCAAAAUAUGUUUAGAGAAAGGAGAAACAGAGAAACGAAAUCGAACGGACGAGCGACAGAUCCGGUGUCAAUGAAACGACCGAUGCACACUGACGCUCGUAAGUGUGAGUCGAACGAUGAACGGAGUACGUUACCCGUAUGUAGUAGACGCGUAAUAUUUAUUUAUUUCUUCACAUUCUUUAGUUUCGAGAAGGGCGAUCGUAAAGCGGUCAUAAAACUUAUCGACGAAUGUUCUUCGACGCGAUUCUAUCGUGUCGUAAGAGAAAUGAAAAAUGAAAAAUGAAAAAAAAAAAAAUAUGCGGCGAUAGAACGCGGCGUCUAUCGUUUAUCGCGUAACAUUGUGUAUUAUUCGUGCUCCAAUGGAUGAUCUCUGACUGUCUUGCAGGAAUCGUUAGUAACUGGCCGAUAUCGAGAUUCCUUUUUUAAUGUUAUCGAAUAUUAUUUAAGAUUCUAACGCAUUCCCAGUUUAGGGAAUUACGAGCAUUCCAAAAUCAGUAUUGAACCUCAUUCCGACACCGUUCCAGAAUCUUCUUGUCGACGCGUAUUCAUUUUGUUUCUACAGCUGCGCACCAGCACUUUGCCGAGGAAUGCGAAUCAUUUUUCGAUUGAAACCGAACAACCGCCAAAACCCUUUUACCUUUUGCUCUUUCUUCGUUCCCCUUUCCUUUGACCCCUUUCUUUUCUCUUCUCUAGUUUAUCAACUUGUUCGUGUUUUGCGUCGGCAUUACCAUUGUUACGCUUUCGAGAUGCGCAGGUAGAAACGAAAAGUGAAACGGCUAAGAAUGCGUAUACUAUCCAAUUUGAUUCUUGUACAAUUCUAUAUAUAUAGAUAUAUAUAGAUAUAUAAUGUAUAUUAUAUUGUCUUAUCGCACGUAUAUGCAUACAAGAAAUGCGUACACGCGCUUCAUGUACCUAAGCGAUGUGUACGUUACACGUGUGUGUACGCGUAUGAUUAUCGACACGAAUAUUUAAGUCUAUUCUUGUUUUGCGUGAAUAAAGAUGAUUCAAAAAUCAA